AUGCCCCUCGACGUAGUCGCUGACGACGACGUCGACUUGUUUGAGGAGGAUGACCUUGAGGGCAAGGCCCACAUUGCUGCUGGUGAUCUCCUACUUCUUGCUGAUGCUCCUGCUGAGGAGGCACCCGUUCAUUCACCAGUCCCAGACUCCUUUGAGUCUGUGGCAUCUGCACCUUCACACGCGCAGGGAGUGCAUCACCAUUCGCAUGACACAGACCCUGAUAUGGCAUCAUCCGUUGCACCUGCACCUGCCCCUAGUUUUGCGUUCGAUCAUAAUAUUGAUGAUGAUUCCGAUCUUGUUUUCCCACCCGGCUUUGAUCCCGAUCAUGACAUUGAGAUUGUACACUUAGAUCAGCCCGUGGAGGAUUCUGUAGCCCCUGUUGAUCUUGUGUUUGCUGAUCCAGCCGAUUUGGAGAUGGAGUUUAUUGAUCCGGAGCCUGCUGUGGCCCCUGAGCCAGGUGAUCAUGUUGUUGCUGAUGCUCAUGUUGAUGUUCCAUUUUUGUUAGGGGAUCCUGUUAUUGCCCCUCUUCCUGAUCCCGUGCCUGUGCAGCCUGAUCUUGCACCUUUUGCGACCCAUGUUGAUCCUCGAUACGCGCACACCCGAAAUGGGUGGAUAGACGAUGAUGAUGACUACCCGCCUUUCGUGGUACCUGUUACUCCUGCUUCAGCACCUGCUUCAGUUCCCAUUGAUGCACCCUUGUUUCCCACACACGUCACUGAUGCGCAUCGCGCAGACCUUCCUGUCACAUUUCUCCAGGACAUCCCUCCGCCACAUCCUGGAGAUGGUUCAUCCCGUCAGCCUUUUGGCCAUACACCUUUCAUGUUAGGAGGAGAUCAGUUUGUACCUCCGAUUUCUCAUCAUACUUUUGUUCCCCCUGUUGCACCGUUUGCUGUACCAUCCUUCACUCCAUCUAGUGAGCCGUUCCUCUGGACUUCCCCACCGAUUAUCUGA